AGCCCACAAACAGAAAAGAGAAACAGAUUUUGGGAGAGAGUGAGCGAGUGAGUGAGAGAGAGAGAGAGAAUUAUUUUUUGUUUUUACAGACACAAGAGCCACUGCUCAGAGCUAAAAAGCUCAUCACAUCACCUGCAAAAAAUAUCAGAGAGAGAGAGAGAGAGAAAAGGGCAAAGAGAUGGGUUGGGAGACUUAAAUUGAGGUAGCAGCACGGUGCAGAAGAGCAUGGCGGCGGUUGCAGAGUGAGUAUGUGAGAGAGAGACAUAGAAAGCAGCUUCGUUCCUUAAAUGCUUUUUCUAUGAAUACAACUGUGAAGGCCUGUGUGUGUAUUUGUAGAGAAAAAAAAAAAUUAAGGGAAUUUGAGGCGCGAUUAACGCUGUCAAGCAGUGAGGGACGUCUGUCCCUGACCAACUAGAGCUGCAAUUAACCUCUCACUCUACACAGUACACGCUCUCUCUCUAUCUUAAUCUUUUCUCUCUCUCACACUCUCUCACAAACACAAACACAAAACACACUCUUUGAGAAACCAAAACAUACACUCAUAUACAAAACACACAGAACUAGAAUUUCCAUCAAAGAACCACACCCCCCUAAAGAAAGGAGCAAAAUUGAGGACUACCCAUUUCGUAUUUGGGUUCCAAUUUUUUCAGUGGGAGUGGAAUUUCUAUUAUGGAUUUUUUGUCACAUUUAAGGUCCGGGGCAGGCUUACAAUGGCUGGGUUUUUCUCAUUAGGCGGAGGAAGAGGAAGAGGAAGAGCAAGUUCAAGCCAAGAAGAUCAAGAAACUAACAACAACAAUAACCCACCAAACGAAAUUCCCCCAGAGAGUUUGUUCUGGUACAAGAAUAAUGAAGAAGUGUCAGCAUACAAGGGUUUCGAGCUAUGGCAACAGCAAGAACAACAAGUACUUCUCCAACAACAUCAACAGCAGCAAGAUCUCUACACUGGGUUAGGUGUGGGACCCAGUAGGAGCUCAAUCAACGUGUCUGAUGAUUCGUCGUCGAGAUCGGCUUUCAUGAUGAUGAGGUCUUCUUCAUCAGGAGGAGGAGGAGGAGGAGGAGGAGGAAUAGGAGGGAUAAGCUGUCAAGACUGUGGGAACCAAGCUAAAAAGGACUGCAUUCACAUGCGGUGUAGGACUUGUUGUAAAAGCCGAGGGUUUGAUUGUCAAACCCAUGUUAAAAGCACUUGGGUCCCGGCUUCUAAGCGCCGCGAGAGACAACAACAACUCGCUGUUUUGCAACAGCAACAACAACACCAACACCAACUUGAGCUUCGUGGUGGAGAACAUCCCAAAAGACACAGAGAAAAUCCAAGUACUUCCUCACUUGCUCGUUUGCACACAAGUGCGUCAGGGUUAGAAGUGGGAAAUUUUCCAUCAGAAGUGAGCUCUCCUGCUCUAUUUCGUUGCGUAAGAGUGAGCUCCAUUGAUGACACAGAUGAUCAGUAUGCAUAUCAGACGGCUGUGAACAUAGGAGGCCAUGUUUUCAAGGGCAUUCUCUAUGACCAAGGCCCAGAAACUAACUACUACUCCAUGGGCGGUGAGAGUUCUUCCGGUGGUGGUGGUGGUGGUGGAGUUCAACCAUUGAAUCUUAUUGCUGGUGCCACUACUAGUCCCACCACAACUCACGGUGGUGCGGCGGCCAUGGUUUCGUCAGCCAUGGCUCUUCUUGAUCCUAGUUUGUACCCAGCUCCGCUUAACUCAUUCAUGGCUGGUACGCAAUUCUUCCAACCCCCAAGAUCUUGAAAAACAAACAAACAAAAACCCCCCCACAUUCUUCUCUCUCUGACCAACUAUUCACUCUUUCAGCAAUAUUUGAUAAUGUUGUAAUAGUAGAGUAAAUUUGACAACCAUUGAAGUUAAAAAAAGAAAAAGAAAAAAAGAAGUGAAACAAGAGGAAAUGCCGAUGCCGAAGUCGUUUGUUUUGUGCAAUUUCAAUGCAAGUUUUUUUUUAAAAUUUUUUUU